CGCGGCACCUCGACGCGGCACGGCCGUGCCGAGCAACGUCCUCGGUGCUGUCUCUUUUGUUCCAGCGGUACUAUAGAUAUAAAUGAUGAAACGGAGGAGGAAUUGGCGCGAAUUCGCGCGCGAGCGAGGUUUCCAGAUACAACCAGAUUAGAGCAAAACGACAUAACCGUCGUUACCAAGUACGCCUGCGGGGCCGUUGGCGAGAACAGCGCGUCUAUCACACCAAUAAUACAGAGACGGGCUCUCAGGCAGCACGGUUUUAGCGUUAACGAAAGAUGUAGUAUAAGAAAUAGUCUUUUGCCGAAUAAGCAAGAAAUCAUACACGACUACGGCUCGAAGGUAUUCUGCGGUUCGUAUUCCAAAGAUGGAGAAUACUUCAUCACUGCCACUCAAGGUACUGCUGGCGAUACAGAUAAAUGGUUACACGUAUAUCGGUCGAACAACGGCAAUUUUGUCUUGUACAAUCGGAUGCUGGCGCACGACGUGGGCUGGAGCGUCCUGGACGUCGCGUUCAGUCCGAACGGCGAACAUUUUGCGUACUCCAGCUGGGCGGACUGCUUAUAUCAGUGUCACAUGUCCAGACACUCGCUGGAGACGCUACAACUGAUGCCGGGCGCGCGGCGAUUUUGCGUCUUUUCCGUGGCCUUUUCGAGUGACGGCGCGGAGAUCCUCGGCGGCGCCAACGACAGGUGCAUCUACAUGUACGAUCUCGACCGCCACGAGCGAGUCUUGAAGUUCCUGGGUCACGACGAGGACGUAAACUGUAUUGCCUACGCAGACGACAGCUCGCAGAUCUUCUAUAGCGCCAGCGACGACGGAUUGGUCAAGGUGUGGGAUAAGAGAAGGUUAAACCCCGCUAAUCCGCGUGAAGUUGGAGUGUUGGCCGGUCAUAGGGACGGAAUCACGUACAUCGAUUCACGCGGCGACACGCGGUAUUUAAUAACCAAUUCUAAAGACCAAUGCAUCAAAUUGUGGGAUGCGCGCAUGUGUUCCGAUUAUAGAACCCAACAAAACGCUCGCCAGCAAAUGGAGCAUCGAUACUGGGACUAUCGAUGGCAGCCUGUACCUCAACGAUUUUGCGAACGAGGGUUCAUAGAUGGUGAUACCAGUGUCAUGACGUAUUACGGUCAUUCGGUUCGUAAGACUUUGAUACGUUGUCAUUUUUCGCCGCCGCACAACACCGGCCAGAGAUACAUUUACACGGGGGAUUCAUCGGGUUGCCUCGUCAUAUACGAUCUUCUGACGGGAAGGAUAAAGCGCAGGAUAAAAGGUCACGUAGGAUGCGUGCGCGAUGUUAGCUGGCACCCUUUUAAUCACAACAUCAUUACCUCAUCUUGGGAUGGUACAAUAGCCAAAUGGGAAUAUAGUGAGAACGCCAAUGAAAACGAUGAUCAGCGAGAUCAGCAAGAUGAGAGAGAUCAGCAAGAUCAACGAGAUCGGCGAGAUCAGCGAGAUCAGCGAGAUCGGCGAGAUCAACGAGAUCGGCGAGAUCAGCGAGAUCAACGAGAUCAGCGAGACCAGCGUCCGCUGCGUCGGAGUGAGAGACUUCGAGCACAAAGAAGAGCAAGGAUGCCCGAUAUAAUGUGAGGGUUUCUAUUUUCCGAUUGUUUUUUCUUUCCUUUUUUUUCCAAGCAAAUCUAAUGUUCGCGAUUGCUUGGAAAAAAAAAAGGGGAGAAUGAGGGAAACGUCUAUCGAGGAACGAUCUUCCGUAGACGUCCAUGUGAUUCUCCGCCAGGAACGCAAAUAGACAUUGUACAAGACUGACGAACGCGAUAUAUUUCUAUCCGUCUCUGCCGUUGUGUUUGCAUAUUUCGCGAUUCUCGUUGCGAUCGUUUUUUUCCUUCGCAUCGUUGAUACAGAUUGAAUCGCCGAUUCGAUCUGUUUCAAUGACACACAGACGAUCGAUUUAUAUGCGGCACAGAGAGCUUCCUCUUCGCGUUAUAAGUAUUUUGUAUCGCGAAGCGUUUUAAUCGAACGAUCGCCAUCUAGUUUUUAUGAAAUCUUUGAUAAGCCAUAUCUUAUCUCAUCAAACCUCGACACUGAUAAAUUACGAUUGGUUCUUAUUUUUACAAGGGAACACACGUAAAUACCUCCUCCCCUCCCGAUUUCGACGAGUUUUGCAUAUCGAUAUUGUAUCUAUACAUCCCUUAAUAUACAUAAGCAACAUAACACUCGUCAAAAUUCGUCGAAACUUGGGGAUCUUGGGGAAAGGAGGGAGAACUUGCGUGUACUUUCUUAGAUUGACAUUUUUAUCUCAUUUAGACGUAUUUGAUUUGAAUUAAUUAAAUUUUAGGUUUGUUUACAUCAUUAUAACUUUUGGAAUAAUCUUUUCCGAAAAUAUCAGAGUACAAUUUUGGAUCGAGUUUGGAUCGCCUCGUUCUCGUUGUCGAUUUCUAGCUAUAUAUGCAUAAUUAUAGCAAAAUACAUAAUUGUUAAAGUCGGCAGCUGGUUUUAUUACUUUAUGCAAUAUAAAGGGAGAUUCUUUUUAUUAUAACUGUAGUAUACGAGAUAUUUUCUUUUGAAAGUAACCAGAAACCCGACGUGUUUAUAUUAAACGCGACGAACAACUUUCGCACAAUCAAAACUUUAAUUAAAAUAAAAUAAUUUUUUGCGUUUUUUUACGCAGAAUGGUGUCUUUACACUCUUUACAGUCACAAAGCAAUGUCGUUUUGUGAUACGCAGUGAUACUUAUCUUAGGUUCUAUAAACAUCAAACAUAUACACAUUGAAAUGAGAUUUUCUCACCGAGCGAGAAUAUUUUAACAUCAACAACAACAUGACAUCAAAAGAACAUGAUUGAAAUUAACGUUUUUCAAUGUAAACACAAAUGAAUUAUUUUAGUAAAGUGAAGUAAACAAUUAGUUUAAAAGAUAAAAAGUAAGACUCGUG